AAAAAAUUAACGCACACUAUCCAGCUUCAUCCUUCCUUCUUUACCCAAAAUUAUCAAACUUUUCUGGCCGAAAAAUUGUACUCAGAUGUUGAGGGAACCUGUACCGGAAGAUACGGUUAUAUCAUAGCUGUAUUAGAUACAAUGGAAUCAUUAGAUAUUUCUAAGGGAAAAGUCAUUCCAUCUGUCGGAUUAGCAGAAUUUGAAGUUAGAUAUCGAGCAGUUGUAUUUAAACCUUUCAAGGGAGAAGUUGUAGAUGGAGUUGUAUCACAAGUUAAUAAGAUGGGAUUUUUCACCGAAGUUGGCCCAUUACAAGUAUUCGUUUCGAGCCACUUAACCCCUUCGGAUGUGGUAUUCGAUGCUGCUCGUCAAGCUUACGUAGGCGAAGAAGUUACAAUUGAAAAAGGAAGUCAUGUUAGGAUAAAGAUCGUUGGAACAAGAUUUGACGCUACUGAUAUUUUUGCGAUAGGAACCAUCAAAGAUGACUAUUGUGGAGUGCAAAAUUAG